AUGACUGCUGCUACGCACCGUCGCGGUCACACUUCCUCUACUGUCCACAAAAAGCACGAUCGACCCUCCGAAGCCAACAAGAGCAAGAAGGAAAAGAAAUACGUCACAACCAAUGCCAUCUUCAAGGCCAAACACGAUCGAGUCCACAAGCGCACAGAAUCAUCACCCAAAAGCAAGAGAAGUGGUCUAGGAAAGAGCCGUCUUCGUCGCGAACCUUCUUCUUCUCCACCACCCAGAAAGUACACUCUCGCCGACGAAUCAAACGGNUAUGGCAGUCUGACAUUCCUAUCUUCCUCAUCGCUGCUUACUAACACAUCUUCAGAGAUUCUCAACAGUUACAGGAGCCAUGUAGUCAAUGACUCUGAGCAGAAGACUGCUCAUGCCUACAAGGAUCUCGUUCAAAAGCUUGAAGAAACUACCCUCGGACCCGAUGCAUUGAACACUCGGAUCACUCACGCCAUUGAAGCUGCCCAAGAAAUGUGCACCCCAUUUGCCGAUCAGUCUGUCAGGGUGAAGUACCAUGAUCCUGCCGGAAACACUGUCCGCGAUGGAACAAAAAUGAUUGGUGAGACCGUGACAGAGUUCGAACGGGUGCUCCGUAAGCAGAGAGAUAAACUCGAAUCCCUCUGGGAGGCUUGGGAAGACGUUCGCCAAAAGAUUGCAGAGAUCGGAGCACAAAUCCUUCACGACUCAAAGUUCCCAACUCAAUUUGGUCUGGAGGCCUUGGACAAUAGCUUCAACCCACCAUCCCGCAAGAACCCAGAGGUUGAAAGUCUUCGUAAACUGAUCAAGAAAGAAAGCGAAAAGGCUCACAAGGAACUUGACCAAGAAGCCAAGGAUGCUGUUAACAAACACAAGGAGUACCAAACCAUGUGGAGGGCGUGGUUGGACGAUGAGCUCAACUACGAGUGA